CAUAAUAGGGCCAUGACGGUUUUGGCAAGGCCUUGAACUUCAUAUAUCCCUUUUUUACUCAAUCCAGAAUACCGAGAAAGUCAGAUUGAAUCAUUUUGUCGACCUUUCCUUUGGAUUUAUUAUCAUAGGUAGUGUUCGAGAUCGCCUCUGUGCGGUGAACGCUCGAAUGUAGCUAACAUCAGUUUUGUCCUCGCGUGGUUGAAGGAGAUGCUGCUGCUGGAUGGAAUGCUUCCGGAGCGCCAUGAUCCUUCUAUCAGGAAUAGAAUAAUCGAGGGCACUGACUGACUGCAUCAAUCAUCGCUCAGUGAGCUAUUAAUUGCCGCCAAUAGCGCUUCGCUUGCAUGCAAGGCGGCUAAUAAAAGCGCCAGGUAGACGCGCGGAGAUGCAUUUUGAGUACUGGUGGUACUGGACAAGCUCUAGGGGAAUAAUCUCUUUCUUAUUUCUUUCUUAUUUCUUUCCCAUGACGACUAGGAACGGGCAAAUCAAGAAUUUCACUUCGAAUUCCGGACCUCAACAUCCUGCUGCUCAUGGUGUUUCACGAUCAGUAUUGGAAAUGAACGGAGAAGUGGUGGAACGUGCGGAACCACAUAUUGGAUCACUCCAUAGAGGGACUGAGAAAUUAAUCGAGUACAAAACUUAUCUUCAAGCUUUACCUUAUUUUGAUCGUUUAGACUAUGUUUCUACGAUGGCCCAAGAACACGCUCAUUCUUCAGCCGUAGAGAGACUUUUGAAUUGUGAGGUACCAUUACGAGCUCAAUAUAUAAGAGUGUUAUUCUGUGAAAUAACUCGAAUUUCAAAUCAUUCACUUGCUUCAACUACUCAUGCUAUGGAUGUGGGAGCAUCAACUCCGUUCCUUUGGGCUUUUGAGGAGCGGGAGAAAUUGUUGGAAUUCUAUGAAAGAGUCCCGGGAGCCAGGAUGCAUGCCAGUUUCAUACGACCUGGUGGAGUGGCACAAGAUCUGCCUCUUGGCUUAUGUCGAGAUAUUGAUUCCUCCACACAACAAUUUGCUUCUCGUAUCGACGAAUUAGAAGAGAUGUCAACCGGCAACCGUAUCUGGAAACAACGAUUAGUGGAUAUUGGUACUGUCACUGCACAGCAAGCAAAGGAUUGGGGAUUCAGUGGUGUAAUGUUAAGAGGUCUGAAGUGGUGGGCCUACCCAUCCCAACCUGGGGUAUGCUGGGAUUCACGAAGAGCAGCACCUUACGAUGUUCAUGACCAAUCGGAUCUUGACGUACCAGUAGGUACCAGAGGAGAUCGCUAUGAUCGUUACUGUAUCCGUAUUGAAGAGAUGCGACAAAGUGUUCGGAUCAUUGUGCAAUGUCCUAAUCAAAUGCCUAGUGGCAUGAUCAAAGCCGAUGAUCGUAAGCUAUGUCCUCCAUCACGAUCUCGAAUGAAACUAUCCAUGGAAUCCUCAAUUCACCAUUUCGAACUUUAUACAGAAGGUUUUUCCGUACCAGCUCCUUCUACCUAUACCGCAGUUGAAGCACCUAAAGGUGAAUUUGGUGUCUUUCUUGUCAGUAAUGGGAGUAAUCGUCCCUACCGUUGUAAAAUAAGAGCACCUGGCUUUGCCCAUUCACAAGGACUCGAUUCUAUGUCCAAACAUCACAUGCCAGCAGAUGUAGUCACCAUCAUAGGUACUCAAGAUAUUGUGUUUGGAGAGGUAGAUAGAUAGGACGUAGUCUUGCUCGAUCAGGACCCUAGCUUUAUUGCGAGCCAAAACUGCCUGAAAGAAGCAAAAUGGAAAAGGAUGCAAAAUGCAAUGGGAUUCCUGAUCCAAUAAGAAAUCCCAAUUCGGAGUUUGUUUGGAUCAAAUUCCUAUGUUAUACUAUUCCAUUCUCGAUGAUGAAUCGAUUUGAUAGAUCAGAUAUUGUUAUUCCAAAUAUUGAUCCGAUUCAGUAUCAUCAGAAUGACAAAAGCUGACAUAGUUACUAGUGGUUCGAGGAGAAAUCCUUUCAAUCAUCAACGCCCUUUUCUACUAAAACUGCUAUUCGUGAUACCGGUCAAA